GGGAGCCCUGGGUAUUUCUCAACGAGGGCACACCCUGCUCAAAGGGAAGGUGGGUAAGCUUUCAGUUUCAGAUGCGCAUUGAGGCUGAGAGAGAAGAGCCAUGGCUGACAAGAUCCUGAAGGACAGACGGAGGCUGUUUGUCAGCUCAGUGAGCCCCGGGACCCUCAGCAGCUUGCUGGAUGAGCUCUUAGACCAAAAAGUGCUAAACCAGGAGGAGAUGGAGAGAGUGCGAUGCGAAAACGCUACCACGACGGACAAGGCCCGGGCUCUGAUCGACUCCAUCAUUCGGAAAGGGCCACAGGCCUGCCAGAUUCUUAUUGCUUUUAUUUGCGCAGAGGAUUCUUUCCUCGCAGAGAAGCUGAAGCUCUCAGGUCCGCCAUCUGGAAGUCAGCUUAACACAGACUCUGGAGUAGCACCUCUUCCUGCACCAGCUUUUGAGGACACCGUGCAGCUUUUGGGGCCACGUGAACCAGAAGAACCUCCCAAUACGCUCAAGCUUUGUCCUCAUGAAGAAUUCGUGAAACUCUCUAAUAAAAAGGCUACAGAGAUCUACCCAAUAAUGGAGAGAAACUAUCGUACUCGGCUGGCUCUCAUCAUAUGCAAUAUAGAGUUCGAUCAUCUUCCGCCCAGGAAUGGGGCCGAAACUGACAUUGCAGGGAUGAAGAAUCUGCUGGAAGGUCUCGGCUACAGUGUGGACGUGAAACAGAAACUCACUGCUGAGGGUAUGGAGUCAGAGCUGCGGGCCUUCGCCUCCCGCCCAGAGCACAAGUCCUCGGACAGCACGUUCCUGGUGCUCAUGUCUCACGGCAUCCUGAGCGGAAUCUGCGGGACGGCGUUCAGCCCGGAAAAUCAGGACGUGCUGCCUUAUGACACCGUCUUCCAGAUCUUCAACAACAUCAGCUGCCACAACCUCAGGGACAAACCCAAGGUCAUCAUCAUCCAGGCCUGCAGAGGUGAAAAUCUUGGGGAAGCGUGGGUCAGUGACUCGAAAGCAGCCUCCGCCGGCAGCUUUUCCCAUCAACCUCUGUUCCUGGAGAGUGACGCCAUCCACAGGGUCCACGUGGAAAAGGACUUCGUUGCUUUCUGCUCCUCGACCCCACAUAACGUAUCCUGGAGACACCGCACAAAGGGAUCUCUCUUCAUUGCACAACUCAUCACAUGCUUCCAGAAAUACUCUUGGUGUAAUCACCUAAUAGAAGUAUUUCAGAAGGUACAACAAUCAUUUGAAAAACCAGAUGUCAAAGCCCAGAUGCCCACCAUUGAACGAAGUUCUCUGACAAGACCUUUCUAUCUCUUCCCUGGCAACUGAAAACGGCCAUCGCAGGCAGCGCAGCGCAUCUUGACCAACUUCGGAAAGUACCUUGACCAAAGCAUGCUCAUGUGGCCUUUUGUAUUACAAUAAAAAAGAAAACAAAUGAA